AUGAAGACGGUUGGUGUGCUGGCUCUUGUUAUCGCUGGUCUUGUGGCUAUGGGUCUACCUGCAACAGAUGCACUUCGAUAUACGGUCUACAAAUCUAAGGUUUCAUUUUAUGAAGCCUGGCAGCAGUGUAUAGCGAAUGGUGGAAGUUUGGCAUCCAUACAGCUGGCUAGUCAAAAUGCUAAUGUGCUAGCAGCGAUUCAGGCGGCUGGCGGAGAUGGUGGAUGGUGGCUAUCGGGCACCGACGUCGGCUUGGAAGGAUCGUGGGUCUGGUUUUCAACAAACAAAGCAGUUGGCACUCCCUACGGAUUUGUUAACUUUGCCGCUGGAGAACCAAGCAAUUCGGGUACCAAUGGUGAAAACUGUUUGUCCAUGAACAUACAGGGAACAUGGAACGAUGAUGCGUGCGACAAGCUACUCUAUUAUGUGUGUGAAUUCUAUUCCCAAUAA